GCGGACUAACUUCCGUGUGAGCCGAUAAAACAACACACAUUUCUUGUAACCUACUUGUCUCAUGUCUAUUGUCACAAUUCCCCCAAAUAUUCUGGUCGUGUUCAUCUUGAUUUAGUUAUGGGUCGCAGUCGAUCGCGCGAAAGACAUUCAGGGGAGGCCAGCAAACGAGGGAGAGCGAAGAAACAUGAAAAGAAUAAAAAACGGAGACGAUCCUCCAGUGUUUCGUCAACCUCCUCUUCCUCAUCGUCUUCCUCCUCCUCCUGCAGGAGCGCUAGUCCCAGACCUUCAAAGAAAGCAUCGCGUGUAGAUGUGAAAACGGCAAAGAGAAGAAAAAGAAAUUCCUCAACUUCAUCCAGCUCUUCCUCGUCCUCCUCAAGUGACAAGGUCAGGAGAAAGAAAAGUAAAGCUAAGAAAAAGAAGCUGAAGAAGAAAAAGGCUAAGCUCAAGAAAAAGAAGGAAAAGGAGAAGAGGAAAGAGAAGAAACUAAAAAAGCUGGCGAAGAAAAAGGAGCUUGCAAACGUACUGGCCAGUCCACCAGUUGAGAAACCUCCAUCAUUCUUGGAGACAUGGCAGAGCGAUGAAGGCACUGUGGAGCUUGGGCCAGUUAUGACAGAUGAGCAGAAAGCCAGGCUCUCCACGAAGAGACCCCUCACUAAGGAAGAAUACGAGGCCAGGCAGAGUGUCAUCCGCAGAGUUGUGGACCCUGAAACGGGACGUACCAGAUUGGUGAGGGGUGAGGGAGAGAUCAUUGAGGAAAUAGUCAGCCGAGAAAGACACAAAGAAAUAAAUAAGCAAGCAACCAAAGGAGAUGGGUUUGGUUUUCAGCGGAAAAUGGGAAAUAAUAGGUAGAAAACUGAGUUCAUUUUUUUUUGCAUGGCUGCUACAGACAGCGGUGGUUGCCAUGAAAGAUGGCCCAUUUCAGUUUAAUGUAUGCAGCUUGUAUUGCGAGUAGGUGUGGCUCUUUUAUCAUAAGUGUUAUGCCACUUGGGUUGUGGCAUUUACAGUUGUUAAACAGCAUUCACAGAGAAGCACACAUUUCACAGCAGUGUAUCGAGUGUCAAGUAGGUGACAUUGUAUGCAUACCCUGUGAUAGGUCUACAUUUUUUCAUGAAUUCUUGGUGUAACCUGAUGGUUCAGAUUCCUGAAGUUUACCAAAGCCAGGCGAACAUACUGUACAAGCUGUAAUUUUAGACUGUUUAAGUCAAACUAAAUUUGAUUCGGAUUACUAAACAUACUUCCUGGCUCAAUUGAAAUGGUUUGCUCAUGUGAAAUGGAUAACAUAACUUUUUUUUUCCUCUCUUGUCAUCAACAAUGAGGUCAUCCUGCCACCCAAUAUACAAUUUCUACUUGGAAAAAAAACUAGGUUCACUUUUUUCUGAACCAAGAAUCAUCAAAAUGUGGAUGGGCAUCAAUUAUAUAGAAUGAUACAGACAAAAGUUAAGGGGUUUUGUUUUUUUAUCAGUUGUUUUUAUUUCAAAAAAGUAAAGCAAUAGUCAUUGCAAUAACAAAGUAACAGAAGUAUAAUUACCCCCAAUACGACCAAAAACAGGUCAUCCUUCCCUCCCAUACAAGUGGCGACCAAAACCCUCUCCUCCCAUCCCACAAUUGUUCUACAUUACAUAGCACAUAGAGUUACAACUAUACAACAGAGUAAACUCAUUUACAUUAUAAUGCCAUACUUGUACAUAUUCAAGCCAACAGUUGUUUAACAUCUGCUGCUGCAGAGGCCGAUGCCUGAACAGUCCUUUCUCUAGCCCCAUGUAUUCUAGCUAUAGAUUGUUCCCAUGUGUAUUAUGUUCAGAAAAGACAUCAGCCUUUGAGUAUGGCUAAGCGUAUCAGGAGGAUUCCAUCUUAGACCUAGCAUAUUUUUUUGCUGCUGUAAGACCUUCAAAUAAAAUGAGAUUUGAAGGCCGACAGAUCAAGUGAUGAGGUAUCGUUCAAAAUCAGCAACCUGGGACAACAGAGUAUAUGCACACCCAUUAAAUUUGAUCGGGUAGAAUAUACUACUUUCCAGAAUGAGACCACCCCAGGGCACUCUCAUUACAUAUGCAUGGAGUACAUAGAUGGCAGAUUGGAAAGGGUAUGAGUUUCAUGAAGUGACAUUUUCUAGGAGUGAGGGGAAGCCCAUGUAAAAAAUUGAAGUGAAUAAGUUCGUGAUUAGGCUUUUUAGACGUGCAGUCCAAGUUAUCCCAGACAGUAAACCCAUCAAGCUCACCACCGAGAUGGUUGAGGUGUUUUUCCUACACCUAUGAGCAGGGAGAGGACCACAACAAGAGUUUAGUAACAAGGUCUAGAACAUAGAGACCAAACCAUUUGUCUGAACACCCACAUCCACAAAAGUUCACUGUUGAGAAGCUAACCACUUUCCUGAGUCUUCUGACUGGGUUUCCUCACUGUCCAAAGGGAUCGUUGUAUUUAUUUUACACUUACUCAUGUUUAAUCUGUAUGUUUUGAAUUUGAACAAACAUGUAGAAUAACAAUUUAGGAAGGAUGGAAAACGUUUUUGCAAAAGACUAGUAAAAAAAAAAAAUUUCCCCCUAUGGAGUGCACCCUGAGCUUUGACCUUUCUAAAAGGAAAUACAAUAUGGAAUUUGGAUAGUUAAAUGAUCGUCCCAUCAGACUAUGCUGAAGGUCCAGAUAGAAGAUCCAAUGAUCAGGGAAGUUUUUGUCUGUGCGAUUCUAAAUGAUGCCGACACUAUUUAACAUUGGUUUAUUCAGGCUUGGUUCAAAGAAAGCAACCUUCUUAAUAAACCAGGGUCCCUGCAGAUCCUUAAAAAGUCUUGAAUUUCUUUUCUUUCUUUCUUUUAUUCAAGGUCUAAAUUUUUUUUUAAUUUCUGUAAAUUUAGGAAGGGAGGCAUUAAAUUUAUUCUGGGCCAGAACGAAUGAGUGUAUAUGGGCCGUUCUACAGAAUUGGAAACAUCUUGAAAUAAAUCUUUUCC